AUGAUGGCCAACGUAGCAAUGCAGGCCUGGGGAACACACCAGAAAAGUGGCAAUUGCAACACUGCUAAUGCUGCUAAACUCACGCGUUCCCCAAGUAAAUCCAGCGCCAGUGGUGGUCUGUUCAGCGAAACCCUUACGGCCGCGCUCGGAAAUAUACGAAAAAGCCGAUUCAAGGAGAUAACCGAGGAAUUGAAUCAGCACAUCAACAAGGAAGAGAAGGACGAACCGUACCAGAAGCCGCUGUUCAACACGGAUAAGAUCCGACGCAUGAUGCAGCGAAUCAUCGAGCGGCAGUUCGAGGUGGACGAAGAGGAGCAACGGUAUAUCUACGAUCCGUCCAAGAAUCUCAAGAUGUGCCAGAAUAUUUCCCGGCAGAUUAAGGACCGUGUUAAGCACAUGAAUUAUAAGCGGCACCGAAUUAUCAGUUUGGCUACAAUUGUGGAGAAACAACAGCAGGGUAUUUACUACAAAAUGAAGUACAUCCUGGAUCCAAAAAUGGACAACUACAUUCGGUAUUACCAUGAAACUCCGCACUUUUAUGUGGUGGCAACCGUUAUUCUGGUACACAAGGAUUAG